AGUAGGUUUCCGCGAUGAGUUGAUCGAUCACUAUGGAGAUAAGUAAAUAUUCCACUGGCAGCUAGGAAACGGCUACUUUUUAGUCGAGCAAAAUCAAUCAACGCACGAACAGUUUACAUCGCCAUUUGCAUACCUUCUGAUUGUGAACAAGGUGAAACAAGGAAGCAAGCAAGAGGAUUAAGUGAUCUCAUUUUGGAUUUACAGAAUUCAUUACUUGCUCACCUGAUUUCAUUUACAUAAACAUUAAAUCAUGUCUACCAAGGGCGAUGAGAUGCCGGGACAACCUGACUAUAACAACGACCCCCCAGCCAGCCAACAAGGAGGGGAAACAUCCAACAUGGCGGAAAAAGAGACUCAACAACAGCCACCACCAUAUGACCAAGGUCAACAACCUGGCUAUGCUGGACAACAACCUCCCCCACCGGGACAAUAUCAACAACCUGGCUAUGCUGGACAACAACCUCCCCCACCGGGACAAUAUCAGCAGGCUGGGUACGCCGCUGGUCCACAGACAGUGGUUGUUCAACCGGGAGCUCCAACCCACACCACUAUUAUACAACAAGCGGCACCAAGACCGUCAAAUUAUUUAGCUUUAGCUAUCUUCACAACUAUAUGCUGCAAUAUUAUUUUUGGUAUCAUUGCAAUCGUAUUCUCAGUAAUGUCGUCCUCCACAGCCGAUGAUGGCGAUUUCGAGGGAGCAAGAACGAAGGGAAAGAUCUCCUUAGCGUUGAGUCUUGUCGGCAUAUUCAGCACAAUCAUCAUUGUAGUCAUUAUCGUUGUCUAUUUCACUGUGGUUGUCGCUGCAGCAGUUAAUGCUGUCACCAAUUAUGGCUAACCGACACCCUUAUAUUAAGAAGACACGACUUAUAACAAAAAUAUGUACAGAAUAGAGACAAGAUUCUCCAUAGCGAGAGUGAUAAGAGUAUCUUGAAUAUGAAUUUGUACGAAUAGAACUAAAACAGUAGAUUUGUUCGGGUCUGAUUCACUAACCAUCAGUGAUGAACGCAAACAUUCACUUAUAAUGUAUCCAAGAUACUCCAUUCUGAUACUCAUAGCAUCUUUCUGUUUCACCUGAAACAUCUCAGGGCUGAGAAGAAAUGAGAUGGCAUGGUUUAUCAUGAUGAAGAUACUCAGGAAU